GCGUCACGGGUCAACAGCCAAUCGCUACGUAGAGCGCCAAGUUUCUUCUACAGCGUAAAAACAACAUGGCGGAAAAGGACGUAGAAAUUUCCUUUAAAAAGGAUACAGUAAGCAAACUUUUGUCUAGUUUCUUCAAAGAAGACAAAACAAAACUAAGCGGAGAUGCCACACUGCUCAUGGUAGAGAUGCUUAAAGUGUUCGUGCAAGAGGCUGCUGUGAGAUCACAGAAACAAGCCGAAUCUGAGGACUGUGACCAAGUAGACAUUGAACAUUUUGAAAAGAUCCUGCCUCAGCUGCUUCUGGACUUCUAGCACAGUGAUACCACAAGAUGGAGCCAGAGUGCUGCUGAGAUGUCUCUCGAUCAACAGUCCCCCCUUCCACAGUUCCACCAGCUAAAACUUUUCAUUUUUUAGUAUGACUGCAGUUUCAUAAAUCCCCAAAUCUGAGAUAACGUUGAAAUUAUGUUUUUAUUUUGAGCUGCACGAUUUUAGCAGGAAGCCCCAUUGCAAUCCGCACGCUACCACGCCACCACCAAUAAGGGCCACCUGUGCUCCUGUGUGCAACAACAGGUGCUUCCAGCAUGCUCCGUGGCGCCCUUCAUCAAAGCCUCCAGGAGCAGUUGGAAGCAAUUAGAGUAAUAAGGGGAGCAGCCAGUCCCUUAGAUGAUGACAAGUGCCAGGAAAAAAGGAGUACCCCCUCCGGCCACUUUGAAGUUCCCUUUUGCUGUCCUGCGAUGUUUAGUUAGAGGAGGGGGGGAGGGCAAAGGGGACCUCUGGCACAGGGGGAAAGUUGAAUGGGAGUGUGUAUGCACGUAUGUGUGCGUGUGUUAGCCAAACACGGCCAGAGACCACACGCGUAGAUAUUCUAUUUGAAGGAAAACAUAACAAAACACAUUGGAACAUGGUCCAAGAAGAGCAGGCUGUAAUUCUGAAGGUAAAUAAACAAAAGAGGCGAGUAGUGGAGGUGCUCUCUCUACUUUCAUCACAGCACAGGGAGGGAGUGGGCGGGGGGUGAAGCUGGGCCUACAAGGAAGAGGGUAAUGUGGGGUUUUCUAACCUGAGCGGCUCUGAUGGUUUUCCACUAGCGGUGUGUUUGACCAACGCGUCCUCGCUGUGAGUCAGCAUCGCUGUGCAACACCUCGCAGUACUUAUUUGUGGGGCUCUUGGGUGACUUACGAAUGCUACUCACGUUUACAGCUGGAACCAACUUAGGCUAAAACCAAGAAUCCAGCCCUGAAUAGGUGUUCAAGGACACGACACCUGGAAUUUGACCCAGCAUCUUUUUAGUAAGGCUCACGCUGGAUUUGUGUUUCCCAGGGGUAACUUCCAGACCACACUUUCUUGUAAAAAAAGAAAAAAAACUUGAGCACAGCUUAAGUCAUCACCAGAGGAAGAAAAAAAAUUGUAAAGGGUUUCGUUUUGUGCGUAGCCUUUGUGGAGAUUAACUCAAAUUGAAAUGGAUCUUUCCCAACAGUUGAUUCUUGUGCACAAAAUAAAAAAGAUUAUUAUCUUGGAUCUGUCA